CCUCUUCCUGGUUCUACCCUCACAUCUUAGACCUAGGGUACGCAGCAUUUACAGAUUGUAAGCUUCUGCCCAUAAAAAGAACAGGACAUUAUCAUUACAAAAGGGUAAAGAUGAUGAGAAGUUUACCAGAAGAGGAUGAUGAAUCCUUGUAUCCACAGCAAAACUCUGGAAAAAUUUCUGAGGGCAAUUGGGGAAGCAUAGAUAAGAGGCACUGCCAAUCUUAUAGUAAUGGAGCUCAAGGAUGGCAGAUACAACUUGGUAAAGACACAGACUAUAGCUCCGGUAUAUCAGAAAUACUAGGGAUGGAACACCUGGAAGGACCGAAUACCCUCACAUCAUGUGGCAGUCCAACAGACCACAGGCAUCCAAUGUUCCAAAACACAAAUCACGAACAAAGAUGUCUUCCAUUUGGCCAUCCCUGUAUGCGGCCUAUGCUGCAGCAUCCUCGCUUGUGCCAACCACAUAAUCAACCUCAUCACUGUGGUCCACAAAAUUAUCUUGCAGCACCAUCUCCAUACAAUACCCCUAGGUAUGAUGGAUAUACCUAUGGUCAACAGCAUCAGAUUAGGAAUACUCAUCCCCGUUUUCAUCUUCCAGAAGAGCCAGGAACAGGAUUGAAGAUGAGUAACUUGCCUUCAGAGCAAAGAAGAGUCUUCAUUACCUAUUCUUUGGAUACUGCAAACUAUGUUAUACAACUGGCAAAUCUUUUGUGCUCCAAUGGAUUCAAGACGACAAUUGACAUUUUUGAGGGAUCAAUUCGGGGAAUGGACAUCAUCAGGUGGAUGGAGAGAUAUCUCAGUGAUGCAAGUGUGAUGAUCAUCAUAGCGAUCAGCCCACAGUACAAAAAGGAUGUUGAAAUGGACUUAAUCCAUGUUAGUGAUGAUCAUGGACUACACACACGAUACAUCCACAGAAUGAUGCAGAUGGAAUUCAUAAAACAAGGAAGCAUGAACUUCAGAUUCAUUCCUGUACUAUUUCCAAAUGCAACAAAGGAACAUGUGCCUAACUGGCUGAAAAACACUCACAUUUAUCGGUGGCCAUAUGAUAAAGGGAGGCUAUUCCUGCGGUUACUACGGGAAGAGGAAUAUAUUAUUCCCCCAGUUGGACAACUACCAGUACUAGAAGUUAGAACUAUAUAAAUUCACAAUAUCUCUUCUCCAACUAUUAGGUAAAUGUAAGCGCAUUGCUCUAUAGAGAGGCUUGGCCAAGACCAACAUUUAACAUCAAAUCGUUGUCCAGAAAACCUGAUGAUGCCAUUACUUCUGUGUAUCAGUCAUUUUGUGCAAGCGUCUUGACAAAAGUCUUUGAAGUUGAGAUUAAGUCCUUGUUCAUGCUUAUGAGUAUAUUUAGAUCUGUAAACCUGUAUAGUAUUUUGCAUUAUAUUGUGGUCACUACUGUUUAGUUUGGCUGCCAUAUUACAAAUUGGGGGAGAUUUUUUAAGUCUUUGAAUUUUUUAAGUCACUUUUGUUGUUGUUUUUUGGCAAAUAUGCACAUAAUUUAUCAUAUGUCUAAUAAAUAAUGUGCAAGUAGCUUAGGGCUAUAUGGUAAUAUAAGGCUACACUAAUAUUGGGGUAAGAUUUGUAGUAUAAAAGGGGUACUCCAGCACUAAUACAUCUUAUCCCCUAUCCCUCGUGACAUCACGAUACUCUGGCCCCGUGGUCAUCACGUUGCACACUCAGAGCCUCCAGUGCUGCGGAGAGCUUGCAAAGGUGGGUGCUGAAUGACAGAUUGCGGGGGUCCCCAGCGGCGGGACCCUCAUGAUCAGACAUCUUAUCGCCUAGCCUUUGGAUAGGGGAUAAGAUGUAUUAGGGCCAGAGUACCCCUUUAAGCAAAAGUUGCAAAAGGAAAAAAUUACAUAUUGUGUUAUAUUCAUAUGUUUGAUGCAAACAUUGCUUUCAUCUGUUUUUUUAUUUCUCCAAAUUGGUCACAUAGAUAAUAGAAAAUAAUAGUCUGGAGCUGACUCAUUGAUUUCUAUUAGAUAGAUUUCUAUGCAGGAUCAGUGCAGAGGUCACUGUGUAGGGAGGGCAGGAGGAAAGUUGUGACCUUUACCUAUUAUAAAUGGCCUUGUCCUGUCUUAGUUAACUAUACAGUCAUGGCCGUAAAUGUUGGCACUCCUGAAAUUGUUCUAGAAAAGGAAGUAUUUCUCACAGAAAAUGAUUGCAGUAACACAUGUUUUGAUAUAUUUGUUUUGUAUUGGAACUAAAACAAAAAAAGCAAACUGGACAUAAUGUCACACCAAACUCCAAAAAUGGUCUGGACAAAAUUAUUGGCACCUUUUCAAAAUUGUGGAAAAAUAAGAUUGUUUCAAAUAUGUGAUGCUCCUUUAAGCUCACCUGGGGCAAGUAACAGGUGUGGGCAAUAUAAAAAUCACACCUGAAAGCAGAUAAAAAGGAGAGAAGUUCACUUGGUCCUUGCAUUGUGUGUCUGUGUGUGCCACACUAAGCAUGGACAACAGAAAGAGGAAAAGAGAACUGUCUGAGGACUUGAGAACAAAAAUUAUGGAAAAAUAUCAUUAUCAAGAAGUUUGCAACCCAUGGCACUGUAGCUAAUCUCCCUGGGCGUGGAUGGAAUAGAAACAUUUCUGGAAGGUGUAAACGCAGGAUAGUCCAGAUGGUGUAUAAGCAGACCCAAACAAGUUCCAAAGAUAUUUAAGCUGUCCUGCAGGCUCAGGGAGCAUCAAGGUCAGCGCAAACUAUAAGUCGACAUUGAAAUUAAAUGGCUGGAGACCCAGGAGGACCCCACUGCUGACACAGAGACAUAAAAAAGCAAGACUACAUUUUGCCAAAAUGAACUUGAGUAAGCCAAAAUCCUUCUGGGAAAAUGUCUUGUGGACAGAUGAGAUCAAGAUAGAGCUUUUUGGUAAAGCACAGCAUUCUACUGUUUACCGAAAAUGGAAUGAGGCCUACAAAGAAAAGAACACAGUACCUACAGUGACAUAUGGUGGAGGUUCAAUGAUGUUUUUGGGGUUGUUCUGCUGCCUCUGACACUGGGUGCCUUGAAUGUGUGCAAGGCAUCAUGAAAUCUGAGGAUUACUAACGGAUUUUGGGUCGCACUGUACAGCGCAGUGUCAGAAAGCUGGAUUUGCGUCCGACAUCUUGGGUCUUCCAGCAGAACAAUGACCCCAAACAUACAUCAAAAAGCACCCAGAAAUGGAUGGCAACAAAGCGCUAGAGAGUUCUGAAGUGGCCGGCAAUUAGUCCAGAUCUAAAUCCCAUUGAACCUGUGGAGAGAUCUUAAAAUUGCUGUUGGAAAAGGCACCCUUCCAAUAAGAGAGACCUGGAGCAGUUUGCAAAGGAAGAGUGGUCCAACAUUUCGGCUGAGAGGUGUAAGAAGCUUAUUGAUGGUUAUAGGAGGUGACUGAUUUCAGUUAUUUUUUCCUAAGGGUGUGCAACCAAAUAUUAAGUUAAGGGUGCCAAUAAUUUUGUCCAGCCCAUUUUUGGAGUUUGGUGUGACAUUGUCCAAUUAACUUUUUUUCCUCCCUUUAUUUGUUUAGUUCCAAUACACACAAAGGGAAUAAACAUGUGUAUAGCAAAAUAUGUGUUACUGCAAUGCUUUUCUGUGAGAAAGACUUAAUUUUCUAGAAAAAUUUCAGGGGUGCCAACAUUUACGGCCAUGAAUGUAUAUUGGUGUCACUUUUCAUUGUAGUCCGGUCUUUUAUGAAAAGAGAUAACUUCUUAAACAUUUUUACGGCAAAACAGGAAGAAUCCGCAUUUUUUUAAGCUAAGUUGCCAGCCUGAAAACAGCAAGAUUUCAGGAUUUUAUACUAUAGUAGAUAGUAAAGUGUACAAUUAGAAAAAAAAGAAAAGUUAACAAAAAUUUAAAUUUUUUUUUUAAAUAAAAAUGCAUAAUCUAAACAAUGGGUCGCUUUCUCAUGAGAUCACAUUAUUGUUAGUUUAUUUAAUAGGAAACCAUCAAUUUUUCAAAUAAUUACUGUAUGUAAUUCUUACAUAUUUUUCUUAAACCUGUGUAGUUAUUUGUGUUUACAAUAUAAAAUGGACCAAGUAGACUUUAAAAUGUGUAAGAAAAUAUAUAAAGUUGUAAAUCAAAAAAUAAUAACAGAAAUAGUAACAUAGUACUGUGAAUGUAGCCUACAUGUAUGCAGUUCCAUCCUGAACAAGGGACCAUAAGAUAGUUACAUAGACUCAAUACUAGAAAAUCAUUGAUAGCUGGAAUGACAAUUGGAUUGCUUAACGGGUAACAAUAAACUGGUUCUAGAAUGCAGCAUGGACUACAAUGUACUUUUGCCCGGCACAAAUAUGGAUUUAUGAAGUGUCUCCAGUAGAGGGCACUACCUGUCAACUUUUUCCUGAGUCAUUUCCUUUGACUAUUUCCAUGUUUUUUUUUUGUGUCUAAAUAUCAUCUUGUGUGGUAUUCAUAAAAUCUAACAAUUGCUUGGCUCCCUGUAUGAUAAAAUAUACUAUAAUUAUAAGUACUUUAUAGAUAAUUAUCAGUAUCCAUCUAUACUGUGGAAUACAUAAAUAUAUAUAAUAAAUAUUCCAUAUAAAGAAACAGUUGUGGAAUGAGUAAUUGUGUUGUCAUGUUCACAUUAUUAUAAAAUAAAAUGAAGUGGUGU